AUGGUGAAGUUCACGGCUGAAGAGCUCCGUGCCAUCAUGGACAAAAAGAACAACAUUCGCAAUAUGUCUGUUAUUGCUCAUGUGGACCAUGGAAAGUCCACGCUUACAGAUUCCCUUGUGGCAGCUGCUGGGAUUAUUGCCCAGGAAGUUGCUGGUGAUGUUCGCAUGACUGAUACUCGUGCAGAUGAAGCAGAGCGUGGUAUUACAAUCAAAUCCACUGGUAUCUCUCUUUACUAUGAGAUGACUGAUGAGUCACUGAAGAACUACAAGGGCGAGAGGGAUGGUAACCAAUAUUUGAUCAACCUUAUUGACUCACCUGGGCAUGUCGAUUUUUCUUCGGAAGUUACAGCUGCUCUUCGCAUCACCGAUGGUGCUCUGGUGGUGGUUGACUGUAUUGAAGGUGUCUGUGUGCAAACUGAAACUGUGCUCCGCCAAGCCCUUGGUGAGAGGAUUAGGCCAGUCCUUACUGUGAACAAGAUGGACAGGUGCUUCCUUGAGCUUCAGGUUGAGGGUGAGGAAGCUUAUCAGACUUUUUCCCGUGUCAUUGAGAAUGCCAACGUCAUUAUGGCAACAUAUGAAGAUAAGCUCUUAGGUGAUGUCCAAGUCUACCCAGAGAAGGGGACUGUUGCUUUUUCUGCUGGCCUGCACGGAUGGGCCUUUACCCUCACUAACUUUGCCAAGAUGUAUGCAUCUAAGUUUGGAGUUGAUGAAGCUAAGAUGAUGGAGAGGCUUUUGGGAAACUGUGAUCCGGAGGGACCUCUUAUGCUGUAUGUUUCAAAGAUGAUUCCUGCAUCUGACAAGGGCAGGUUCUUUGCCUUCGGCCGUGUCUUCUCAGGGAAGGUUGCUACUGGUAUGAAGGUUCGCAUCAUGGGUCCCAACUAUGUCCCUGGCCAGAAGAAGGAUCUGUAUGUCAAGAGUGUCCAGCGUACUGUUAUCUGGAUGGGAAAGAAACAAGAGUCUGUUGAGGAUGUUCCUUGUGGUAACACUGUUGCAAUGGUUGGUCUGGAUCAGUUCAUCACGAAGAAUGCUACACUCACUAAUGAGAAGGAGGUUGAUGCAUGCCCAAUCAGAGCAAUGAAGUUCUCUGUCUCCCCAGUUGUGCGUGUUGCUGUUCAGUGCAAGGUUGCCUCUGACCUUCCCAAGCUAGUUGAAGGUUUGAAGCGUCUAGCGAAGUCUGAUCCUAUGGUUCUCUGUACAAUUGAAGAAUCUGGUGAGCAUAUCAUUUCUGGAGCUGGUGAGCUUCAUCUUGAGAUUUGCCUGAAGGAUCUGCAGGAGGACUUCAUGGGUGGUGCUGAAAUUAUCGUUUCCCCUCCUGUUGUGUCCUUCCGUGAAACUGUUCUUGAGAAGUCCUGCCGUACUGUCAUGAGCAAGUCACCCAACAAGCACAACCGUCUGUACAUGGAAGCGCGCCCCUUGGAGGAGGGUCUCGCUGAGGCCAUUGAUGAGGGCCGCAUUGGCCCACGUGAUGAUCCUAAGGUGCGCUCCCAGAUCCUCUCUCAGGAGUUUGGUUGGGACAAGGACCUUGCCAAGAAGAUUUGGUGUUUUGGACCUGAGACCACUGGUCCAAACAUGGUUGUUGAUAUGUGUAAGGGAGUUCAGUAUCUCAAUGAAAUCAAGGAUUCUGUUGUGGCUGGUUUCCAGUGGGCGUCAAAGGAGGGUGCACUGGCAGAGGAGAACAUGCGAGGGAUUUGCUUUGAGGUCUGUGAUGUCGUUCUUCAUGCUGAUGCUAUCCACAGGGGUGGUGGCCAGGUCAUUCCAACUGCCAGGAGGGUCAUCUAUGCUUCUCAGAUCACGGCCAAGCCAAGGCUGCUGGAGCCAGUGUACCUGGUGGAGAUUCAGGCCCCAGAAAAUGCACUUGGUGGUAUCUAUGGUGUUCUGAACCAGAAGAGAGGGCAUGUCUUCGAGGAGAUGCAGAGGCCGGGUACCCCGCUCUACAACAUCAAGGCUUACCUCCCUGUCAUCGAGUCCUUUGGGUUCUCCAGCCAACUGAGGGCUGCAACCUCUGGUCAGGCUUUCCCCCAGUGUGUCUUUGACCAUUGGGACAUGAUGGGCUCUGAUCCUUUGGAGGCUGGCUCCCAGGCUGCUCAGCUGGUGCUGGAUAUCCGCAAGAGGAAGGGUCUCAAGGAACAGAUGACCCCUCUUUCUGAGUUUGAGGACAAGCUCUAA